UAUUUGCAAUGACUCUUCUUUUCACCCAUUUUUUUGUUCUUUUUCUAAUGGUUUUUAUUUUGAUUUCAAUUUAACUGAUGACAAUUCUGAAAUUAUUUUAAAACCAAAAAGUUAUUUUGAAGGAACUAAUUUUACUAGAAUGUCAAAAAUUUUAAUUUCAAAAAAUGAAAGUUUUGAACAAUUUGUUAUUUUUUCUGGAGGAGUUCCCGAUGAUUUGGAAUGUCAAAAUCCAAUUUGUAUUUUUUGUGGAGACAAUUCUUUGAUACUCAAUUUUGACAGUGAAAUUAUUAAUUUUGAAAUUUUUGAAGAAGAAGGAGUAGCAAAAGCUUUAUUUGUAUUAUGUCAAGACGAAUUGGUAGCUAUAGACUUGAAGGAUUCUUUGUGGAGAAUGUUUUCAUUACCUUAUUUAUACCCAAUACAUUCUUCUCCCGUUACUUGUGUUUUGGCAAUUUCUGAUAUUUCUGAACAAAUUUUAUCACUUUUUGAACAAAUAUCAGUUGAAAAGAAAAAUUCUUCAAAAAUAUUUUCAUCAAAUAAAUGGCCUCUUGAACAAUUUGGAGGAGAACAAAUUACUUCGAAAAGCGUGGAUCAAGAUUCUUUUUUAAUUAUAACAGGACAUGAUAAUGGCAAUGUUUGUGUUUGGAAGGCAAACGAUCUAAAUUUUAAUUUAUUACUUGUUUGUAAUACUGCAAAAGAGUUUGAAGGUUAUCAGUCAGAAGAAGAAAAUCCCCAAAAUAACGAAGAGAAUAAUAAAAAUAUUAAACAUAUUCCACCUAUUCGAAAAGGAGGAAUAUUUGAUCCUUUUUCUGAUGAUCAUCGUCUUUGUAUACAAAAAAUUUAUUUUGAUUCAAAAAGUGGAACGUUUGCAGUUGGGGGACAGGCAGGGCAAUUAAUGGUUUUUGAGACUUUGUGGAAAAGGGUAAAUUUUGAAAUAAAUUUUUUCGAUUUUGAGUAAAAAUUUUGGUAAAUUUAAUAAGAUAUCGUUGAAAUAUUUCUUUUCUGGAAUUUUUUAAUUUGACAUUAGGUGUUGAUUUUGGUAAAAAAAUUUU